AUGAAGACGACUUUAGUAGUUGUAAGUCUCUCGCUUUUAUUGCAUUUGGCCGAGUCGAAGGGUGGCGGAGACGAUGACGGCAAAGGUGGAGGAGCUGCUCGAGGAGAAGGUGGAGAAAGUGGCAGUGCGGGGAGAGGAGUCGGUGGACAUGCUGGAAGGUGAGUAGCAUUAGUCGCGUGAUAAAUUGCGUAGAGUUUGUGUCGCAAAACUGCGGUUUCUAGAAAAAGCCAAUACUUUUGGUCGAAGCAUUUUAUCAGUUUGUCGGGAAAAUAACGGCGGGUCGUCGCAGAAAAAAUUCUCGCCUUGUCGAAAAAAGGGUGCUGUCGCGCAUCGAAACUCCUGCUUCGGCAGCCGUCGCAAAGCGAUAACGGGCGAUUCCGAGGCGCCGUUCUUUUCCCGGCAGACUGACAGACAAUCUUCGCGAUCGAAAGUGUCCAAAAGGCAACGGUCAAGUUUGCCGUAAAUUUUCAACACACACCAGGCAUGGCUCAAAUAUAAAAACUAGUAAAUUUCAGCUUACAAUUACAUGGGAAGUACCUCUAGUGCGACGCUCAGAUUUUGAUGGAGCUGGGCAAAAAGUUAGGCUAUUUUUUCAAAUACAUAUGCCAGAAUCCUAGCUCGCGCUUUGCAGAAACCAUCGAGAUUUUUAGAUCGAAAGUCGGCAAAAACAAAAUUUUGACAAUUUUUGACGAACUUCAGCACGAAAAGUUUCGUGCAUAUUUCUAUUGUGAAGGGUAAUGUUUUCACAAAAAAUCAAUUUUUUACGCGCGAAACUAUAGCAAAGUCAUGGCCAAAAAGUGUUUUUCUCUCUGACCGCUCUCCACGUUGUGCGUAUUCUCUCGGCGGCAAGGACCGUUCGAUAUUUCGGCGGCACCUGCAAAGCGCGAGCUAAAACUUUCAGGAAUUGAUACCUAGUCUAUUCUCAAUGUGUGUGCAAAAUUUAAAGAAAAUCUGAGCGUCGCACUUGGAGUAUGUCGUGCAACAAGUCCCUCCAAGAAUAAUAAAAAAUUGCAAAUUACAGGGGAGUCUCCAGCAUCCAUGUCUUCGGCGGUACAAUAUUCAUAUUUUCCGGAGCCGCGGAUCGCCAUCAAGCCGUGUAAGUUCUUUCUUCUGCUUCCCACAUUAAUGUGGUUUUGUCCCCAGUCUGUCGGGAAAAUAAUGCGGAUUUGUCGCGCCUUGUAACAACAACCUUUUGCAUAUUUCCAGAGAGACAUGUGUCAACCAAACAAUGGCCGAUUUGGCUGCCCAAAACGACACCGCAAUCACGGAAGUGCAAAAUGCCGAAGAGGAGGCGCGUCAGGAAUGCGAAGAAGCGAUGAGUGGCGCCGUUGUUGGCGAGUCGCUGCUCGUCGGAUUCUUGAUUUUCUUCUUCAUCGGCUUUGCUGUUUAUUGCGGCUUACGGUGCUAUUUUUCAAAUUGCUGCCGUCGAAGGAAGCGCCCCGAGUCGGCGUAUCACUUGGGGAGUUUCAAUGAAGGGAGGAUUGCGACUACAAAUGGGGCCAAAAAUCCGUUGUAA